CCUUUGAUGUAGCCAGAGGCAGAUGUACGGAUGAAGCCUCGUAUGCGGAGGAGUCAACUUUCACUGACCAUGUUGAAGGAGACGACUGGAGCGACUAUUCAGAUCAUGAGGAGGAUACUUCGUAUCGCUUGUUCGAUACCUCAGAUUAUCAACCGCUAGCACGUAGGGUACUUCAUACCCUUGGUCUCCAGACUGUGCCUUCAACUUCGUCCGCCCCAGCUAUCAAAGGGGCCAAGGUCCUCAAAUCCCCUGCACCUACUGAACACUACAUCCCGGUGCCGGACCCAAUUGCCAAAUUAGCCUCCGAAGAAUGGGCUCAUCCACUCAAAGCCCGACGCUUCAAGAACCUGGCUGACAGAUUGUACGCCCUAGGCCCAGACUUUGCCACCAAGUUAGAUGUCCCUGGCAUAGAUGAACCAAUCGCUCGUCUCGUUUCAAGAUCUCUUUUGCCCAGGGAAGGGGAAUCCCACCUAAAAGAUACUACUGAGCGACGAAUAGACUUCGCCCUCCGCAAGAAUCACGAGGCCACUGCCUUAGCCAUGCGUGCCUCCGCUUCAGCCUCCAUAUUCUCCAGAGCCUCUAUGAUGUGGAUGGAUGACCUUCUAGAGGAUGCUAACCCUGAUCCUGUUGCCUUCAGAAGAGCACUAUCGAAAUUACGUAAGACAGCAGCUUUUGUGGCCGAUGCCACUUUGGAUGCCACUCAAUUAGGGGCACGAGCCAUGACGACUCAAAUAGUCGCUCGUCGCACCCUCUGGCUUCACCACUGGCAAGCUGAUUCGGCGGCCAGACUGAACCUGUCCAAGGCUCCUUACUCUGGAUCUCUACUCUUCGGCGAGGAAGCUCUAAAGGCAGUUCUGGUUGAUCCAAAAGACGCCCAAAAACCGGUUCUGGCCACAGUCAAGAACAUCGACCACAGGCCCUUCAGGCGAUUUUCCUCCUUUCGUUCUAACCAGUCCUUUUGAGGAACGCGGCCAGGAGGACGAGGCCGCGACUUCAGACCCUAUGACUCCAACGCAUUCAGGGGCUCCUGGAACCGACGCUUCCAGGGCAGAGACCUACGGCUGGCUUGUCAACUUCGACAAAAGCCAUCUCCAACCAACCCAACGCCUCCUACAUCUUGGGGCAAUGUUGGACACCCUGCAGGCAAUGGUCUUCCUGUCUCCAGAUUGCAUCACUGCCAUCACAAGCAUCGCAAGGUCCCUGAUGCAACAAACAUCCGCAGACGUCAUGCUUCUCGCCAGAGCGCUCGGGAUGUUUAUCUCCACAAUCCACAUUGUGCCCUGGGCUCGAGCCCACACUCGGCCCCUUCAGUGGACUCUGUUGCCUUUUCAAAAAGACAUUGCCAGCUCCAACCAUCGCAAAGUUCGUUUGAGCCCCGCUCUGCGCCUCUCCUUCCGCUGGUGGACCAAGGUUCAACACCUCUCCAAGGGCACGUCGUUCAGAGAACCCCGCAGAACCGUCGUGACCACAGACGCCAGCCUCAUAGGUUGGGGAGCCCACUGCAACUCCCAGUACGUUCAGGGGGUUUGGCCCAACGCAGAGCAAUCUCGAAGCAUCAACUGGCUGGAACUAAAGGCUGUCCACUUGGCUCUAUGUCAUUUUCAGUCUCUGUUCCCUUUGCAUCAUGUGCUCAUUCGAACAGACAACACUUGUGUAAAAUCACAUUUGAACAGACAGGGGGGCACCAGGUCUCGUCCUCUGCAGGACUUAGCCUCCCUCAUCUUUGUCUGGGCAGAACAACAUCUACAAUCCCUGAAAGCAGAGCACCUCAGAGGGAUUUGGAAUGUGACAGCAGACUGGCUCAGCAGACAACAGGUCUUCCCGGGAGAAUGGAAACUUCAUCCAGCCAUUUUCCAUCGUCUCCAGUGUCGGUUCGGCGCCCUCUCAGUCGACCUGUUUGCUUCCAGUCACAAUUGCCAGUUUCCAAGGUACUUUGCCCGAUACCUGGACUCAACAGCAGAAGCAGUGGAUGCUCUGACAACACCGUGGCCAGACGGUCUAUUGUACACCUUUCCUCCCAUACCAUUGUUAGCCAAAACCUUGAGGAAGGCGCGAACCGAAAGGGCACAGCUGGUUCUGAUAGCACCAUUUUGGCCACGCCGACCGUGGUUCUCAGAUCUUCUGGCAAUGUCAAUGAUGGAUCCUUGGACACUUCCAGUAACGCCAGACCUCCUAUCCCAGGGUCCAGUACUGCACCAGGACCCUACUUGGCUCAAUCUAACAGCGUGGCGUUUGAACGGAGACACUUGAGGUCAGCUGGACUGUC